AUGUCUCUACCAAAGUCUGCCUACCUGAGCGACGUGUGGAAGGAUGGUAUCUUCAACAACAAGGUCAUCUUCUGUACCGGCGGAGCGGGUACUAUCUGUAGUGCCCAAGUCCGUGCCAUGGUCCAUCUCGGCGCAAACGCCUGCAUCGUGGGCCGCAAUGUCGAGAAGACGGAGAAAGCGGCAAAAGAGAUUGCAACUGCCCGUGCGGGAUCUAAAGUCAUUGGCAUCGGUGCCAUCGAUGUGAGAAGAAUCGACAGCUUAAACAAUGCCGUUGACCGUGCUGGGGCCGCAGGCAACUUCCUGGCUUCGAUCGAACAACUAUCAGCCAAUGCUUUCAAGUCAGUGAUAGACAUUGACGUGCUCGGUUCAUACAAUACGUUGAAGGCGACUCUGCCUCAUUUGAUAAAGUCCGCUACCACCCAUAAAUCUGACGGAGUUACCCCAUCGCCCACCGGAACCGGAGGAAGAAUCAUCUUUGUCAGUGCCACACUCCACUAUACUGGCCUACCACUGCAGACACACGUUACAGUGGCCAAGGCCGGUGUGGAUGCACUUUCAAACAAUGUUGCUAUUGAGUACGGGCCUUUCGGAGUCACCUCUAACAUCAUCAGCCCUGGACCUAUUGGGGAAACUGAGGGCAUGCGACGUCUCAGUAAGGAAGGGGCCGACCAAUCUUCCAUCCCUAUUGGACGAUAUGGCACUGUCAAGGAGAUUGCGGACGCAACGGUGUAUCUCUUCUCUGAUUCUGGGAAUUAUGUCACCGGUUCUACAGUAGUUGUCGAUGGUGGCGCCUGGAGAACCCAACCCGGCAGGUCUGCAGUUGGGUUCAAGUAUCCGGACUUUCUUCUUUCGAAUGAGGUGGUGUCCGGCGUAUCAGGGAUGAAGAAGGCAAAGCUUUGA